AUGCCGCAGCAGCAACAACAACGACAACCCCACUCAACCGGCUCGCACCUAACCACCUUCCUCUUCGUCUCCAUAUUCGUCAUAUCGCUGUUCCCCGGAAUCUUCGUCUCCAUCUUCUGGGCGCCAUACAACAGUCUCGCAAAUUACUUUGUCCCCACACCCGCACCGCGCAAAAGCGUCGUCUGUACCAGUCCGAACAUCUGUACUUCGCCGCCCAUAAUGUCUUGGUCGCAAAAAUCCCUUACACUACCCUCGCGCUCCCGCGGCUGCUACCUAAUCACCGACCACAUCCUCAAAGAGGUCCCGGAAAUCAAGCAGUACAAGACGGGUCUCCUCAAUCUCUUCAUCCAACACACAUCCUGCGCCCUCUCAUUAAACGAGAACUUUGACGAGGAUGUGCGCGCGGAUAUGGGCACAGCGCUCGAUCGCAUUGUGCCAGAGGACAAGAAGAACCAAGGGCUUUAUUUGCAUGAUGCGGAGGGAAGCGAUGAUAUGCCGGCUCAUGUCAAAUCUGCGCUGAUUGGCGCAAGUGUUACCAUUCCGAUUACGAAUGGGAGACUGAACACGGGAACGUGGCAGGGUAUCUGGUAUUUAGAGUUCCGCGACUCGAAGCAUACGCGCAAAGUGGUGGCUACGAUUCAGGGAGAGAAGAUGUAG